ACGACACCUGGCGAGACGGCCCCCUUUUGCCAUUAUAAAAAAGCCUCGCCCGCGCAGGUAAAACACACACACACACCAUCAGCUUGCAAGGCGAACACACAGAAUCGCAGCCUUAAAUCGAUCGAGUGGCAGCAUGCGUUUCGACACACCACUCAUCUUCUUGGUCUUAUCUUGCCUGAGUCUGGCAAUGGCACAAGUGUCGUACGACGACUGCUGCCUGACGUACGUGAAAGAGCUCGGCAAAAGGACGCAGGCGCGUGCGGUCAAGUACAGAAUUCAGGAGACGGACGGAGGCUGCAACAUCCGCGCUGUCAUCUUCACCAUGUGGAAAGGCCGCGUGUACUGUUGCGACCCGCAAGAUACGUGGGUGCAGGAGCUGAUGGCCAACAUCGACAAGAAAGCCGUCAAACACGUCAAGAAAACCGCCCCAAAGCGCCAAAAGAGUCGCUUGAUCAGCUGAGUGAGGCCUCACCCUCCUGGAGAAAAAGGCAAUCGACGUUUUGACUUUCACUGUUGACUUUUUUUUUGCAUUCACUGGACUUUUUAUUGUGACGACGCGUGACCAUGAUGUGACGAAACAGUGUUUACGUGCAAAUGGAAACCAUAAAAUGUGAAUCUGAACUGUGUGUAGCAUGAGCGCUUGCUUAAACAUUGUGACAAUAAAACUGCUUAGCCAUUCAAA